CACCGCCCAGUACACUAUACUUGAAGGAACCUAAUAACCAUUCCAUUUGCUAAACAACACCACACAAACUCUUACAAGCUCUCCUCUCAUCUGCACCAAAGAGAGAGAUAGAGAAAGAGAGAGAGAGUGCAUGCGUGUGCACAUUCCAUUCCAUGGCAACCCUCCGGCUGCUGCUCCCCUGCUUCAUCCUCUUUGCAUCUUUUCACUUCAUAUUCGCCGAGACAGACUCUCGGGAUGUAGCUGUGCUCACCUCUCUGAAAGACCAGUGGCAAAACACGCCUCCAAGUUGGGACGACUCCGAUGAUCCUUGUGGAGGAUCCUGGGAAGGAGUAUCCUGCAACAACUCCAGGGUCACUGCACUGGGACUGUCAACUAUGGGUUUGAAAGGAAAACUAAAUGGUGAUAUUGGGGGUCUUACUGAAUUAAUAUCCUUAGACCUGUCAUUUAACCGAGGCCUCACAGGCUCCAUUUCUCCGAGGAUUGGAGAUCUGCAGAAACUAAGCAUACUAAUUCUUGCUGGGUGUAGCUUUAGUGGCAGUGUACCUGCUGAACUGGGGAAACUUUCAGAAUUAUCCUUCUUAGCACUCAACUCAAAUAACUUCACGGGUGAAAUUCCAGCGACUCUGGGUAAUCUCUCCAAACUCUACUGGCUUGACCUGGCAGAUAAUCAGUUGACAGGAUCUCUCCCCGUUUCAACGGGGAAAGAUCCUGGACUGGAUCUUCUGAAAAAGGCAAAACACUUCCAUUUCAACAAAAACCAGCUUUCAGGCACAAUUCCCGCCAACCUGUUUAGCGCUGACAUGGUGCUCAUACAUGUACUAUUCGAUGGAAAUCAAUUUAGCGGGAGUAUACCAUCUACGAUAGGACUAGUUCAGACACUUGAGGUUCUCCGGCUUGAUAGAAACCUCCUUAAUGGUAGUGUCCCUUCAAAUCUCAACAACCUGACAAGCAUGAUAGAAUUGAACUUAGCACAUAACACGCUCUCUGGCCGACUUCCAGACCUGAAUGGAAUGAACUCCCUUAAUUAUGUGGAUUUGAGCAACAAUUCCUUCAGGCAGUCAGAAGCUCCAGAUUGGUUCUCAUCUUUACAGUCACUCACCACUCUGGUGAUUGAAUAUGGCUCACUUCAAGGACCAGUGCCACAGAAACUCUUCGCUUUCCCCCAGAUUCAACAAGUGAAACUGCGGAACAAUGCUUUUAAUGAUACCUUGAAUAUGGGCAGCAGCAUAGGUCAGCAAUUACAACUUGUGGAUUUCCAGAACAAUGAGAUAUCAGCUGUAACACUUGGCUCGGGAUACAAAAAUACAUUGAUAUUGAUAGGAAACCCAGUUUGCACCUCUGCGUUAGCUAACACCGAUUACUGCCACCUUCAGCAACAAGCUACAAAGCCGUACUCUACCAGCCUGGCAAACUGCGGAAGCAAAUCCUGUCCCUCUGAUAAAAAACUCAGCCCGCAAAGUUGUGACUGCGCUUAUCCAUACGAGGGAACAUUUUACUUCAGAGGACCCUCGUUCAGGGAGUUGUCCAGUGUUGAACUGUUCCACUCUCUUGAAAUGAGUCUCUGGGUAAAACUAGGACUCACCCCUGGUUCAGUUUCUCUGCAGAACCCGUUCUUCAACAUUGAUGACUAUCUUCAGGUGCAGUUGGAACUCUUUCCAUCCACAGGAAUGUAUUUUAAUAGAUCAGAGGUUCAGAGGAUCGGAUUCUCCUUAAGUAAUCAGACAUAUAAGCCACCUCCAGAAUUUGGACCUUACUAUUUCAUAGCAUCUCCUUACACUUUUCCAGCCGAGCAUGUAAGAACUUCCAUAAGCUCAAGGGUGAUUAUUGGAAUAGCGGUUGGUUGUUCCUUUUUGGUCCUAUUGCUUGUUGGCCUGGGGAUUUAUGCAGUUCAGCAAAAGAAACGUGCUGAAAGAGCUAUUGGAAUGAGCAGACCUUUUGGAUCUUGGGCUCCAAGUGGCAAAGACAGCGGUGGCGUGCCCCAACUGAAAGGGGCCAGAUGGUUCUCUUAUGAUGAACUCAAGAAAUGUACAAACAACUUUUCAGAAAGCAAUGAGGUUGGUUCUGGAGGAUAUGGCAAGGUCUAUAGAGGAUUGCUCUCAACCGGGCAAGUGGUGGCCAUCAAAAGAGCUCAACAAGGAUCAAUGCAAGGAGGAAUGGAGUUCAAAACUGAAAUUGAAUUGCUUUCACGUGUCCAUCACAAGAACCUCGUUGGCCUUGUGGGGUUUUGUUUUGAACAAGGAGAACAAAUGUUGGUAUACGAGUUUAUGUCAAAUGGAAGCUUAAGGGAAAGUUUGUCAGGAAGAACGGGCAUUUAUCUUGAUUGGAAGAGGAGACUCAGAAUUGCUCUUGGUUCAGCCAGAGGAUUAGCUUAUCUACAUGACUUAGCCAAUCCCCCUAUUAUUCAUAGAGAUGUGAAGUCCACUAAUAUUCUACUGGAUGAAAAUUUAACAGCAAAGGUUUCUGAUUUUGGCUUGUCCAAGCUUGUAAGCGAUUGCACCAAAGGUCAUGUAUCAACCCAAGUUAAAGGCACGUUGGGUUAUCUGGAUCCUGAAUACUAUAUGACUCAGCAGUUAACUGAGAAAAGUGAUGUAUACAGUUUUGGUGUUGUCAUGCUUGAACUGAUCACUGCCAAGCAACCAAUUGAAAAGGGCAAGUACAUUGUCCGGGAGGUGAAAAUGAUGAUGAAUAAGGACAAUGACGAACAUUUCGGAUUAAGAAAUAUGAUGGAUCCUAGCAUUAGAAACGCAACCACAAACCUUUCGGGGUUUGGGAAGUUCGUAGAGUUGGCAAUGCAAUGUGUGGAAGAAUCAGCUGCUGACCGGCCAACAAUGAGCGAGGCGGUGAAGGCCCUCGAAACCAUCCUACAAAACGAUGGGCUAAAUACUAACUCCACAUCCGCGUCUUCCUCAGCCACCGACUUUGGAUCCUCUAAAGCUGUUCUUGCACACCCUUAUCACCACGAUGGUUUACCAAGAAAGGAGAUUCAUGACAGUAGUGAUGCCUUCGACUACAGCGGGGGGUUCACACUUUCAGCAAAAGUCGAACCCAAAUGAUGAUCCCAGAUGUUCUUCAUUCCCUUCUUUUUAUGUUCUUUAAUUUAUUCUUUCACAACUUGUGUCAAUCCUUACAAGACAGCUAUAUUUAAUGCCUUUAUGGGAGUUUUUGUAUGCUGCUCUUAGUUCAGGACUUCAGUUGUCUAGGUUGUUGGGAAGAACUACAACAGCUUGUCCUGAUAAAGAUGAAUAUAUCAAUUAGGGUUGACAUAUAUAUGCUUUCGUACAAGUGUAUGCAUAUAGGAUCAAAUUAUGUAUAGAUCUGAGGUUCCAAUCAACUCGUAGUAGAAUGCAGCUUACUUAUACUUGUAUUCAAAUGGAUUUCCCAGGAAAAGUUGACA